AUGGAUUCUCGGAACAUCAACGUCCUGGUCACUACCUUUGGUGGUCUGGGCAUUCCCUCUACUCUGGCGGUGCCAGUGCCUCCCUCCACCUCCAUAUCAGAACUCCGUGAAGAGAUUCUUGAUCGCCUGCCAGUCACUGAUAGCCGACUCAUCAUCACAACCAUAUCAAAUCGGCAACUACCUGAAGUUUCAGCAGCACCCAUAUCCACAUAUCUGUCUAGCAGUGAGGAUCAUUUUCUCUCGUUGCGCCUGGCGGUUCCGCUAUGUGGUGGAAAAGGUGGUUUCGGCUCUCAGUUGCGAGCCGCCGGUGGCCGCAUGUCAUCUCGCAAGAAGAAAAACCAAGAAGAUCAUGGCUCCAGCAGGAACUUGGACGGCCGCAGACUAAGGACCGUGAAUGAGGCAAAGGCCCUGGCUGAAUAUCUGGCCAUCAAACCAGAAAUGGACAAGAAAGAAAAAGAAAAGCGCCGUGAGCGCUGGGAGCAGAUCGUUCAAGCGUCUGAGGAGAAGCAAGCGCAAAUCAGAAGCGGAGGCCAAGUCCGCUUGGACGGCAAAUGGGUCGAGGACAAGGAGGAGAGCAGCGAGAGAACCCGAGAGGCUGUGGCGGCAGCAAUCAAAGCUGGCAACUACCGCGAUAAUCUCUUCAGCACAUCUCAUGGCUCAACUUCUAGUGAGCAGCUUGAGGAACAAGCAAGUUCGGAAGAGGACAAGUCCAGCUCCAAUGGGUCAUCUCCCGCGGAAGCUGCUGGAUCUUUGUCAAAGGGCAAAUCCCGGGCCUUUUACUGUUUUGACGAGGACGACGAGUUUAUGAGUUCGUCGGAUGAUGAGGCUGAUACAUGA